CAGUUAAGUCACGUAUAGCCCGUAUAGGUCGUGGUAGUGACAGUACAUUAGUAAUGAGUAAUUUAAGUAAUUAAUUACUAAUUGUCUAAUUAGUACAGGUUGACGCUAGCGCCGCCCAACCAUGCGGCGUUACCACGACCUACGUAACUUAACUGCUGGGUGGUGCUGGCUGGCAGCAUUUGCGGAAUGGAAUACAGCCUGAUGUAUUGUAUAGACCUAUAGACUUCAUGCAAAUGCAGAUUGCAGACUGUAUUUAGAGUUUUUUGAGACACAUCAGAAAUCAGAACAACAGAAGAAGACAAAACGGAGCUGUGUGUGUUAUAAAAAGUAUAUUUGAGCACGAGUGCGUGCUUCUUUGAAGUUUCGUUUUGUUUUGGGUGGCUUAUCGACUUCAUCAGCCUCAUCGCUGACUUACCUUCGUCACCAUUCAUUUGCACUUGCCAGACUACUGGAUGAAGCUUUUCGUGCGAAGAUAACAAACUACUUAAAUGCCUCAACCGCAGGCUGCUUACUUUCGUUGUGUUCAAAUAAAUAUAGCACGGAAGCAUAUAGUGAUAGGUGCUUGAAAUACUUGAAUUUAAAGAGCUGCCUAUACUCGUAUUACUGGUGCUACGCUGCCAACAGUGCCAACGAUACGUAUAGAGGUACUUGCGGGUUCAUACUUACUACAUACACACUGUACAAUCCCUCUCUCUUUCUUUCCUUUCCUCGCCCUGUUUCCUCUCUUCCCUGUCUCCUGCUUUAUACUUGCUUACAGAUAUAUACCAUAUACAGUUACCCACACACAUACACUUGCUCCAAAAAGCAGUUUUCGGACCAUACAACAAACACCCCCUCAUGCACCUUGUAUCAUCUCCUCUUCCUUUCCUCGUCUGUGAAAGAUUGGAUAAAAUGACCAGCAGCGAGACAAACAACACCAGCAAUGAGAACUCGGCGACCACCACUACCACCACCUCGUCGUCGUCGUCCUCCUCGUCGUCAUUGUUGUCGACAACAAAUAUGACACUGAACAGCACCACACCGGCUACGAGUACAGCGAGUAGUGGAAAUGGAAUCGUAGGAGGUCCCAGUGAGACUGGUAAAACUGGUGCCAAUGGUACUACAGGUACGAGCAGCAACGUGGAGACCGAGUACCGAGAGAUCAACUCUAAAAAUGCUUGGCCCAUCCUCUAUCAGUACAUACGUAGCGAGUGCAACAAUUACAAAUACACGUGCGACGAGAGCAAAAAGCCAGAGAACAAAAACCUCAAUCGUUACAGAGAUGUAUCACCGUACGAUCACUCGAGAAUCAUCCUUAAGAAGAGUCCAUGUAACUAUAUCAACGCCAAUAUUUUGCGGAUGGAGCGGGCCAAUAGGCAAUACAUCUUGACGCAAGGUCCCUUGCCGAGUACAGCUGGCCACUUUUGGCUCAUGGUGUGGGAGCAGAACAGCAAAAGCAUCAUAAUGCUGAACAAAGUGAUCGAGAAGAACCAGGUGAAGUGCCAUCAGUACUGGCCACUGGCUAACUCGACGGAGCCCACGAUGACGUUUUCGGACGUUGAGCUCAAGGUUGAGUUUGUCAGCAAGACUAAAGCGACGGAUUACACGACCAGCACGCUAAGACUAACGAAUCUUGGAACGAACGAGAGCAGAGAAAUCCUGCAUUUUCACUACACUACUUGGCCGGAUUUUGGCGUGCCACAGAGUCCUAUGGCGUUCCUAAGAUUUUUGGCUGACGUCAGACAGUCCGGUGCCCUUGAUCAGCACGUCGGACCACCUGUCGUUCACUGCUCGGCGGGUAUUGGCAGAUCGGGCACUUUUUGUCUAGUUGAUACAUGUUUGGUAUUGAUAGAGAAAAAUGGAUUAAAUUCAGUAAACGUGAGGGAAGUAUUGCUGGAAAUGAGACGAUCGCGGAUGGGACUGAUUCAAACGCCGGAUCAAUUGUGGUUCUCUUACGCUGCCAUAAUAGAAGGAUCGAAACAUUUACCUCUAACUAACACGAUCGGUAGCGAUGAAACAUUGACUAAUCAUUACGACGUCGUAAACAAUUCGUCACUGGAAGAUGAUGACGAACCACCCCCACUGCCACCACCGAGGGGCGAGUCCUUAACUCGUAGCAUGAAGUCAGAUCAGACACCUAGCCCCAAUAACGAAAAUGAAAACCCUGUAAGCAAUCCACCCAAUAAACCAUUGCCAUGCGAGCCCCCACGUGGUAUUAGUAAUUCUAAUUCAAUGGCUAAUCACACUAACAAUAAUGAUGACGACGCAUCGAGUGCAGAUCCAAGUACGAGUGUUACUGACGAAACGAUCGGCUCGCCGUCCAGCCCUGAAUCAAAUGAAUUGCGCCGACGACGGAUGGAAAAGAACGAGCGGCUCGAAACGCAGCUACGAGAGAUCAAGCGGAAACAACACGAGUCCGAAGAGUGGCAGAAAUUCAAGAGAUCUAAAGUUGAUAGCAGCGAAAAGAGCACGCAAGAAGAGACAGAGACGUCGAGUUAGCUCUUCAGGACAAUUGCAACAACUCUCGAUAAACAUUUGCUUUGCAGAAGUCCCGCGAAAGUUGUCCUUUUCAUCGUAUUUUGGCAACCAGUUCAAUGAAUUUUUGUGUAAUUUGAGAAUAUUACACGAAUAAGUUAGCAAAGCCCGUGGUAUCUAAAUGUACAUUGUCGGGAGCUUGCUUCCUUCAGGUAAACAAUGUUCGGCGCUGUUUAUCUACAAUGAACUUUUAAUAAUUAUGCGCCUGUACAUACCAUAUUAUUUACACGUUAUGGUAAUAAAAUAAAAUACAAUAAAAUAUAAUCAUUUCAUCCACAUGUAUGGAAAAAAAAUAUUUUGUUUGAUUUUUUUUUUACAUUUACAUACAACAUUUUUACUGCAGCUAUCGAAUAUGCUUACAUUGAUGGUAAUUGACAUUUAUACCAAAUAUUUCAUAAACAUCCAUCUGUGUCUUUUAUCGCGAAAUCUUUUCAUUAUGUAUAUAUGAAGAGCUAAUUUGUAGAUAGUCAAUUUUCUGGUGGAAUUGUUUGAAAUUAGAUUUUUUUUAUUCAUGCAAAAUUUAUUUUUGUUUAAUCACGAACUAUUGUAAAUAAUCAAGAAAUAGGCUGUUUCGUGCAGAACUUUUCAAUAACUAAAUGAUUUUUUUUAACAAAUUGACAAAAUCACAUACGCAGAAAUAAAUGUCAAAUUACGUUCCGUGUGCAAU